UAAUUUCUUUUCUCCUUUUUCUUGUUGAGUGUAUAAGGUCCCAUUCUCUUGAGUUGACAACUUUCAUUUCUGGGUCUGCUUGAUCUUUUCAAAAAGGUUCCAAUUUCUUGUUACUUGACACGUUUUUGUUCCUAUAAAUCAUCCAUUUUUCGGUUUCUCUUCUUCCUCAGAACUCUUUCAGUUGAUUGUGAUGUGGAGAGAUCCAGGAGUUUCAGCUGAUUCUUUCUACCAAACUCGCCCUGAUUGCACCGAUGUGCCCAUUUCUCGAUUUAAGAUCAAGCCUGGUAAGACACUAAGUCCGAGAAAAUGGCAUGCUGCGUUUUCGCAAGAAGGAUAUCUGGAUAUCGGCAAGACUUUGAGACGAAUCUACCGAGGGGGAGUCCAUCCAUCAAUUAGGGGAGAAGUUUGGGAAUUUCUACUUGGCUGCUACGACCCGAAGAGUACAUUUGACGAAAGAGAUCAAAUAAGACAACGUCGAAGGAGGCAAUAUGCUACAUGGAAAGAAGAAUGUCGCCAAUUGUUUCCUCUUGUUGGAAGUGGUAGAUUUAUCACUUCACCUGUAAUUACCGAUGAUGGCCAGCCGAUUCCAGAUCCAUUGGUUUUGCCAGAAACCAAUACAGCCAAUGGAUUAACUGUACUUCCUCAAGAUGAUAAUAGGCUUUCAAGUAUAAAUUCUGCAAAUAAUUUAGAAAAUGUGACAGACAAGAAACUGAUCCAGUGGAUGUUAACUCUCCAUCAAAUCGGUCUUGAUGUGGUUCGCACCGAUAGGACAAUGGUUUUUUAUGAGAAGCAAGAAAACUUGUCAAAGCUGUGGGAUAUUCUUGUAGUUUAUGCUUGGAUAGAUAAAGAAGUUGGGUACGGUCAAGGAAUGAGUGACCUAUGCUCCCCAAUGAUAAUUCUUCUUGAUGACGAAGCAGACGCAUUUUGGUGCUUUGAGCGUCUGAUGCGCAGACUUCGAGGAAAUUUCAGAUGCACUGGUCGCACUCUUGGGGUGGAGGCUCAACUUAGUAAUUUGGCUUCAAUUACUCAAGUCAUUGAUCCAAAACUUCAUAAACAUAUAGAACAUAUUGGUGGAGGUGACUAUGUGUUUGCUUUUCGGAUGCUAAUGGUUCAAUUUCGUCGAGAAUUUUCCUUUUGUGAUUCAUUGUACCUAUGGGAGAUGAUGUGGGCUCUAGAAUAUGAUCCUCACAUGUUCUUGAUGUAUGAAGAAGCUCAAACAGCUUCCGAGAAAGCUGCGGGCAUCAAAGGAAAAGCAAAGUCAAUCCGACAAUGUGGAAAAUACGAGAGAGAAAAUUUGAAAAAUGGAGCAAAGAAUACCGACACUCCUCUUCCUAUAUCAGUUUUCCUUGUCGCCAGUGUGUUGAAAGAUAAAAGUACAACACUACUCCAUGAAGCGCGAGGCUUGGAUGAUGUUGUCAAGAUAUUGAAUGACACAACAGGAAAUCUAGAUGCCAAAAAGGCUUGUAUCGAGGCUAUGAAGCUUCACAAAAAAUAUUUGAAAAAGGCCAAGAAAGCUUAGCACCAAAAAUAUAUUUUCUCCAUUUGGGACGAUUAAAUGAUGCGAUGCUUCUUGCAUGCUGUCAAUAUUAUUCCUUGGGAGACAAUAAUGGAGUCAUUCAAAUUUGGACCGUGAUUUACAGAAUUGAUUAAAGUUUCCAAUUAAAUUCCCCGAUUAAACUGUUGUAUGUUAAAUUCAUUUCAUUUCUUAUUAUCUUGUUCUGUAUCCAAAAAAAAAAGCAAGUGAAAUUGUGUAUGAAAAUAGAAUGUUGUACAAACAUUGUAAUUUGUAACAUAUUUGUGAUUGUAUGAAAGUUUAUAAAAGGUUAAAAUAUUAUGGUUGAAGU